AUGCCAGAUCUUCAGGACAUCUCCGAUGCUAUUUCAGAGCUGAAGCCUGAAGCCAUCACUGAUAAAAGUGUGCUGGCAUCCAAGAAAGAACCUCCAGCAGACUACAAUGUUGUUGCACAAACAACAGAUGGCUUUGACACCAACUUGUGGAAGGACGGCAUAUUCAAAUCCAAGGUCACACGCUAUCUCUGCUUCUCCCGAGCCUCCUCCACCAAAAAUAAGCAAUUAUGCAACGUAGCAGUGGAAAUGAAGUUGAUUGACUUGAAGGACUGUUUCCCAGAGGGCUUCACUCCAAUCCAAGACACCAUAGAUACUCAGGAGCAGGCUUUGAGGAAGGAGAGACUGUGUAUGAAGUUGAUCCCCAGACACAGUGCUGAAACAGCUAUAUAUGAUGUGGUUUUACAGGGGAAAUCCAAGCAAAGCCUUGCUAAUUACACUUUUAUAGGGCUGCUGCCCGGUCUUUUUGGCCACUGUGGGCACCUGGUUCCUCCCCGCUCAGCGCGUUGGCUUCCAGGGGCGUUCCCUCAUUGGAUCGCCCUGAACCCCUCCUUGGGAGACUCAGACGGCCAGUCUACCUCAAAGGCACGAGCACGGUGGCCGCUGCAGGAACGGCGAGGGCAUUCGCCCCUCCGCCGCCUCCCCUUCGUCCCCGAGAAACACACCUUUCCUGGUCACAUGGCUCUAGGGCCAUACCCCCAAACACUUAAGCCGGAGUAUGGUCUGCUUCACGCCCCUAUGAGCGGCCGUGUUUCCACCGCCCCACAGGGCAGAGGGCGUGAGACCCGUGUGUAG